AUGUAUAUUAAAGUUGAUAUGAGUGCCAAAGAGUCGGGCAGUAAAAAGUCACGUAUGAUCGCAGAGUUGUGGCGGGCGUUGGGCAUCGACCCGGAGGUCACUCCCAAUCACCUAACGCUCGGCGAGAUAGGGCUCGAGUCGAUGUUCGCCGUGGAGUUGCAGCAGGAGUUGGAGAGGGAGUGGAAUGUAAAGGUAUCGUUAAAUCACGUGAAGAGCAUAACAAUCGGUAUGUUGAAGGACUACGAGGCGGGCAAUAUUGGUAAUGUAAAAAAGCACCUGGAUGAGUUGAAACAAGCCAGGGCUAAUUUGUUGAAACAAAAGUUCGUAAUUCCUACCGAAACCCACACCCGUCUAAACGCCGAGACCACCGGUCGACCCGUAUAUCUGAUGCCAACUGUUUUGCUAAAUUUUACCAUGUUUGACGAGUUGGCACAAUCUCUCAAUCGGCCCGUAAUUGGGCUCAAUUGGACGCGUGAAAUGUGCAAAUUGACCACGAUCAAAGAGCUAAAUCAGUACUUUAUCAAACUGUUGAAACAACUCGAGCCAAACGGCGGGUACGAUGUGGUCGGCUAUUUAGACGGUGCCAUCACUUGCAGCAAAUUGUUGCUCAAAGGAAUGGUUGACAAAGCGGUGAUAAUUGAUGUUUUGUCAGACGAGAGGUUUACUGGGGAUCAGCUCUCCGAAGAAGAUUUGUUCGUCUUUACGCUGAAUAUGUUCAGCGAAAUGCCGGACAGUAUUAAGGAUAAGAUUAUACGCGAGUUGAAGAAAGAGACCGACACUAAGGCCCGCAUCAGAAUCGUCACCACAGAAUUGGUCGACUUCGCGGGCAAAGGUCUGGUGGCGCCCGACAUCGACGAGAUAUACGCCAUUUUGUUGGCCAGACUUCGGAUGCUUUUGUCUUAUAGGGCGGAGAAGAGGAAGAAGUUCUCCAAUCGGCUCAAAAUGGCGAUCGGGAAAAAGUGGUCAAAACGUACGGGCAAAUUGAUCAUGAUCAAACCAUUUGUAUUGGAUAAUGUCGAUGAUGUCGAUGAAUUGAUUGGCAAAUCUCGCGACACAUACUUAUUACCCGCCGCACAGGAUGGCAACGAUGGCAACGAUAAUAUAGAAGUGACGAUAAUCAAUAGUAUUCCUAAUUUGGAUCAAAUAAACGCUGAAAUUAAUGACAAAGUUUUAGCUGCGCUUAAAUAA